CCUCCCCCCGCACACAGAGGAUGCGGGACAGUGUGCGUGGUCCUGACUCCUCAGAUCAUCCCGAGCACAGUCCGGACAGGGGCCGCCUGCACGCUGCAUGGGAUCACAUCUCUUCAGGAGUCUUUUCUCUUCUCAGUUCAAUUUUUCCUCCAGAUUCUCGCGGCCUCUCUGUGCGGGCUCAUGACGGAGCUCGGAUCUGCACGAUGGAGAUAAUUGUAACCAUGGUUCGCUUCAAAUGUGCGUGUUCCCGGAGCAGCAGCAGCAGCAGCUGAGGUUUUCUUCCAAAUUGCGAGUGGAUCGUCACAGCGUGAUGGAUCAUACACAUGAGAGCGCAGUGCUGAGAAAACUUUUUGUUGUUGGGAUUUUGGUCAAUGUCUGGAUGAUGAGAGGGCUGUCAGCCACCGAGAGCUUCACCACGGAGCUCCCCAAGAAGCCCUGCAACGAGUCCCGUCUGCAGUGGGAGGUGGAGGUCUGUGGGGAGGGCUUCAAGCGGGACAUGGCUCACAUAGAUCCACAGCACCGGUGUAACCUCACGCACUUCAUCAGUGAGUACCACCUCUUCACCCUCUGCACAGAGACAAAGGCCAGCCACGUCCACUGCUACUGGCCCAAUCCGCUGGUGGAGGUCUACAUAAUUCACAUACACAAGCACUUCUUCUCCAACUGCAGCAUGGAUCACGUGGAGUGGGUGGACCCGCCGGAGAACACGCUCACCGCCCUCAUCCUCGUCCCCGUGUUCCUCACUAUGGCCAUGAUCGCCCUGGUGGUGUGGUGCAGCAAGAGGAGCGAUAACAUGGCCUAGGGAGGAGAGGAGGAAAGAGAAGGACUGAGUGCACGGUCUCAGCGUCUUUACUGAAACAGCACAGCAAACUGUGCACAAUAUAGAAGUGCAUGUUUGGUCAUUUUGUCAAAUGUUCCAUUAGUGACUCUGCAAACCACCACAUUCCAAAGAGACAAGGAGAGCAGUCCCUGGUUGUUUUACAUCAUGGGUUUGUGUAUUUAAAAAAACAUCUUAGAGUUCAAACACUCAAUAUGGUCUCCUUCUUAACUCUGUUUCUAUACAACUCAGUUGCUCAAACAUAUUUAGAUUUUCUGGAGUCAUGACUGUGAUUUAUGCAUCUGUCGGAUUUGAACAUAUUGUCUGGGCUAUCUUGAUCCCUGUGAUCAGGAACAGGUUGUGACCCAAAACACGGAAUGCCUAAAAGGUUCAGGGUGGGCAUGGUUAGGUUUUUCUCCAGGUUUGGGUUCGAACAGUAAAUUUUGGGCAAAGCUGCACUAUAAACAGAACCAUAGAACACAUUUUAGUGAUAUAUUAUCUGAUAUUGUAUCAACAUAUUUGGGACAUAAAUACAGUUUAACACAACAUAUCCUCCUAACGGUCAUAGAAAACAUGAUUUGAUUGCAAUUACUUUUCCGUCAAACAUUUGUUGUCUUAAGUUGAGUUGGAUCACCUUUCUGCCAUAUACUAGUAUAUUCCCCAAAAUAUCCCCAGUUCAUUUUCUGGUUCUUGUUUACUACAUUUCUUAAAUGCACUGCACGCUGGGAACCCUACAUUAAAACAUGUGUUGAAUGUGGCCCUCAGAGGAUGUUGGUGGUUUGAUAGUAUUGUCACUCAUCAGGGAACUGGACCAGCGGGACAAUUGACCAAAUUUUGGGGCAUUGCGUAAUUCAGCUAAUGGAUCUGGAUCUUGUCGGAUUCUUGUCGGAGCACUGUAUCGUUGUUGAAGGCCAAAGUAUCCACCGAGCAUCAGAGGCAGCAACUGAAAACUUUUGGACAGAGGACUCCCUGAGGACGCUCGUUAAAUAUGUGAACUUGAUACCACAUGAUGGCAGCAUGGGAGGAUGAAAAAGACGCCAAAUCUGGACUAAAUAUUGAUUCUGCGAGUUGGAUCUGUCUGUUGAGCCACUGAAUAGACUGUUGCCACUGGAAAUGAAAGAAACCCCACAGGUGAUUAACCCAAAGACAAGGCAACGCUAUCAUUUGUGUGUUUUGGGACUUCAUUUUAAUGUGUGUCUACCUGAGCCCCAGUGGACUGUAUAGAACAGUGUAACUUAUCACAUAAUGUUGAAUAAAUCACUGUUAAUACUCACAAAGAGGGGUCCUCAGUGGAAACAAAGCAAGUAUGAGAUGACAUCGAGACCUCAUUCUGUACAGUCAUACUCUGUCCGUGCUGUCUACUGUAUCUGCACUGCCUCUUCAAAGUUCCUCAAAGAGUGGAACUGAACCUAUCGUGCACACUGUCGUGGCUGAGUCUCUGGCCCACAGUCCUCACCUGUCAAAGCUAAACCUAGAUGUUCCAUGUUCUUGCACAGCGUCGGACGUCGGUGUGUGUUAGCCAGCGCUCACAUCGGCUUCUGUCUGUGGAAGCAGGAACUCCUCACUGAAAGCGAUUAAAUACCAAAUCUCUUUUAACAUGGCUGGUUUUCUCUGUUUUGAGAUCAAGAAAGCAAACACUCACAGGCAGUUUUGUGAUGCGGUGUAUCUGAGGUCAUCCCUUCAUGAAUGUUUUAGCGAAGCCACAGACAUGUGUCGUCUGCUGCCUCCUAUUUCUCUGAUCCAGAGUCGGUGUUUCACAGGGGAGCGGUAAGACUCUCACCGUAUGAGCACAAUCCUUUGUGAUAGAGAUGAUUCCAAAAUCAUUUCCCCCUUCCCAUAAUUCCCAUACCUAGACUUUGUGCAUUGGCCGAUACCAGAAAGAAACCCAACUUAUCACAUUUUAACAGCUGUAUGCUUCUAACCUUGUGUGGAAGUGAUGAUUGUUAUCAUUGUUGCAUGGCUCAGGUUAAACCAUUUGACAAACAAAUACAAAUACACAUAGAGAAUUCUCAAAUGAGAUGUCAGUGUUAUGGCCAAGUCUUACAUACAGUUCUGGUCGCCCUUCUUCUUGCCGGGCUUUCCAGUGUGAAAUAUUGCCAAAUUGCUGACAUCGGACUACUGGUUAACGCUACAACUCCUGGAAAUCACUUCUUCUUUUUUUGCCGCUCCAAAAAUGGUACUUUCCAGUGGCAGUACAGCGGAACGGUUGUUUGGGAGCGGCAAAGACAAAGUGAUGUCCAGGAAAAGAAAAUUGCAGCUUUAUUUGGAUGAAAUUAAUAUAUUCACCAGUACCAUUGAUAGACCGACCCAGCAUUCUCAACAGUAUCAGAGGUAUUUCCGAUGCUGGUAUCAGUGUGGAAACAUUUCUUCACUGUGAUACCGAUCCAGCUGGUCAGCACAUAUUUCAUUUCUCUCGACAUUUCCCCAAUUGUGAAGACUCAUGUUUUCUUUUUCCCAAACAUUGUGAUGCGCUGCUCUGCUUAAUUACUGAAAGAAUUAAACUUGCGAUUGAUUAGUUCACAGAUAAUUCCGUCAGUUAUUUAUUUUUAUAUUUAUAUUGGUUAAAAAGACACUUAAUAACUAAUAAUAUGUGCCAUAAACAAUAAAAGUAAUGGAAGCGUAAGGUGGCCAGAAUCAAGCAGAGCACAACUUUGAUGAAAAGCCUCUAAAGUUGAGCAUGAAAAACAUUUUCCCUUUACUUUUCCAACUCUCCGAGUCUUCAGUAGCUUGUUUUAUUUUAAUGGACUUACAAACAGGAGUUUCAGUCCAGCCCAGGGGUCAUAGGGUGCAUCAACAAUGAUUCAAAACCCUAAAGGCAGUUCAAACAAUUGCUCAUAUGUGACCAGAUUUAUCACAAGGUGUUUCCUCCUAACAGACAAACCCGCCCACCUGAGCCUCCCCUGUUGAACUCCUUUAUAAUCUGUCAUCUGAGAAGUGUGGAAAUGUGUGUUUGUGUGUGUGUGUGUGAGCAUUCAUCACUGUCAAAAGGAAACUCAACCAUUCCCGGCUCAAGUCAUCACAUCCUGAAGGGAUCAUUUUAUCAUCUGCUCACUCAGUUAUUUGCUGUAGAUACUAUUUAUGGUCACGAAUAAAAAAAACGAAUCAAAGACA